GCGCCCGCCCGCCGCCACGCCCGCCGCAGGCCGGGGCCAGUCACCCGCAGGCCGGAGUCCCGCAGUCCGUUCGCGCUCCGCCCCUGCCCGCCGCGGGACGAGUAACGGUUACGAAGCACUUUUCUCUGCCGCGAUUUCUGCUUAGUCAUUGUCUUCCAGGAAACAGCUCCCUCAGUUUGGAGUCAACUCUCCUGCGGCCGCAGAAGCCAGAGAAGCAGCCAGAGCCCGAGCCGCAGCCUCAGCGUCCCCCUCCCGGGCCGCCGCUUCGCCGCCGCCGUCCGGCCUCCUUGGGCCGGAGCGCACAUCGGGCUACCGCCGCGCGGGGUCGACAGCCUCGCGCUCGCCCCUGCGGCCUCGGGCACAGCGUCCUGCGAGACAGCCACCUUCUCGCCUGCCCCGUCCCUUCCUGGCCCCUCGGGCGGCCGCUGCCAUGGGCACCGACAGCCGCGCGGCCGGGGCGCUCUUGGCGCGGGCCAGCACCCUGCACCUGCAGACCGGGAACCUGCUGAACUGGGGCCGCCUGCGGAAGAAGUGCCCUUCCACGCACAGCGAGGAGCUUCGAGAUUGUAUCCAAAAGACCUUGAAUGAAUGGAGUUCCCAAAUCAACCCAGAUUUGGUCAGGGAAUUUCCAGAUGUCUUGGAGUGUACUGUUUCUCAUGCAGUAGAAAAGAUAAAUCCUGAUGAAAGAGAAGAAAUGAAAGUUUCUGCAAAACUGUUCAUUGUAGGAUCAAAUUCUUCAUCAUCAACUAGGAAUGCAGUUGACAUGGCCUGUUCAGUCCUUGGAGUUGCACAACUGGAUUCUGUGAUCAUUGCUUCACCUCCUAUUGAAGAUGGAGUUAAUCUUUCCUUGGAACAUUUACAGCCUUAUUGGGAGGAAUUAGAAAACUUAGUUCAAAGCAAGAAGAUUGUUGCUAUAGGUACCUCUGAUCUAGAUAAAACACAGUUGGAGCAACUCUAUCAGUGGGCACAGGUAAAACCAAAUAGCAACCAAGUUAAUCUUGCUUCUUGCUGCGUGAUGCCACCUGAUUUGACUGCAUUUGCUAAACAGUUUGAUAUACAGCUAUUGACUCAUAAUGAUCCAAAAGAACUGCUUUCUGAAGCAAGUUUCCAAGAAGCUCUUCAGGAAAGCAUCCCUGACAUUCAAGCACAUGAGUGGGUGCCACUGUGGCUGCUGCGAUACUCUGUCAUUGUGAAAAGUAGAGGAAUUAUUAAGUCCAAAGGCUACAUUUUGCAAGCCAAAAGAAGGGGUUCUUAACUUCAACUUAGGGUCACCACUUACCUGUGUUUUCCUUGAAUAUAAGAUAAAAUUGAGAUGUGUAAAAAUCUAUCUGUUGCCUAUAAAUAGUGUCAUUGAGGCACAUACACUUCAGUUGUAUUUGACAGUAUGUUGUCUGUCAAGUUUUGAAUACUUCUCUUGCCUCCAUGAGUCCACUCACAUGAAACACUGUAUUGUUUUCAUUAAACUAUUGUUGUCUAAUUGAAAUUGUCUAGAAAGAAAAUACUUGCAAUAUAUUUUUCCUUUAUUUUUAUGAGUAAUAGAAAUCAAGAAAAUUUGUUGUUAGAUAUAUUUUGGCCUAGACAUCAGGGUAAUGUAUAUACAUAUUUUUAUUUCCCCUCAAAAUCAUUAAUUGCCUAUUACUCUAUAAUAUAAACUAAGCAGUUUACUUAUAAUUGUUAAGAUGGAAAUACUGGAAGAUAUUUUUUUCCUGUCAUUGGUAAAAUAAUUAUAUCUCAGAAUAAUUGGAGUAGUUGGGAUCUACCAGUAAUGUAAAUAAAAUUCAUUCUUCAGUAUGUCAAUGGAAACUUAAAAUUUUUUUUAUGUGUUCUUGCUUGUAGUUUAGCUCUAAGAUUUAACUGUGCAUUUUUGUGCCAUAUUUUCUCUUCCUGUUAUUUACAAAGGCAAACCAAAGUAAAUCUGAAAAGGAGACUAGAAACUUUGAAAAUACCAUUUAGGAGCUUUGUAAAAGCAUUUACUAUAUCCGGAUUCUUUGUAAUUCUUAAUCCAUCCUUGGUAUAUUGCUCCUCAUUCAAGAAUAUUAAGUAUUAGCACAUGCUGGGUCCUGUAGGCUCUGGAGAAAGGAGAGGUGCACAGAGCUAAGGAUUAAGACUCAGUUGAGUAAAAUAUGUGAUACGUAUUCCCAGUAGUAAUGGACUAGGAGGAACUAAAGCCAGAAAAUAUUUUUUAAGAAUUCUUUAAUUCAGGGCCAAUAUUUUCUGUUUAGACAACUUGGUUUGAGAUGUGGUCUUAACUAUUUUAUUUUAUGAUAUUUUGGUGUUGAGAAUUGAACCCAGGGCCUUGCACACGCUAAAAGCACAUAACUUACCACUGAGCCAUUCCCCCAGCCUAGUCUUAACUAAUUUAAAGCAAAACAGUAUAAUCAAAACUCCAGAGUAAUAAGAGACUACAUGGUAAUUUAGUGUAAUUCCUCAUGAGUUUAAGAAUCAGAAAAAAUUACAAAUUAAAUAAGCUAUUACCUUUGAUAUACAUAUAUGUGUGUGUUUAUAUAUAUAUAUAUGUGUGUGUGUGUGUGUGUGUGUAUCCUUAAUUCUAUAAAUUUGUAUCAGUAACCCAAAUAGUUUGAACAAUUCUUUAAAAAUCUCUGCAUCUCAAUAUUUUAAAACUGUAGGCCUAUAUUUAACUAAUUUUACUCAAAUUUUCUGAACUUAGAGAAAAGCAGUAUGCUUCCAUGUUCAACAAAAAUGCAAUAGACUCUUUUCCCAAGUUAAGUUUUGUGGUUUUCUGGUUAGAAAAUUUAAUCAUUAGAAUUAUAAUGUGAAUUCAGCUAUUUACCUGAUUUGAGCUUCUUAAAGACUUCUUUUACAUUAAUUGUAUAAUAUUAAUCAGUAUUAGUUAACUUCUUAAUUUGAAAAUGUACAUUUUUCUUAUAGUAUAAAUCUUUAAAUGGGCAUUUUAUUUUAAAUUUGUGUAGUAAACUAGCUGAGGUAUUUUAAAGGGGAACUUGAAUAUCACAUUUACCAUUUUAAAAACUCAUAACUUAUAAAAAUGGAUUGUGUGAAGGGUUAUUUUGAAAAUGGGGGGGAAAGAACAACAUUGUUGGUAUAUCCAAACUUCAUCAGGAGCUUUCCUUUUUCAUAAUCUCUGCCCCACCCCCAGGAAGCAAGAUUAUAGAUUCAUUUUGUGAAGGAGAUCAUGUAUGGAAUUUUUUGGCGAGUUUUUGUUUCACUAUGUACACUGAAUUUCUGUUGCUGGGUAACCUUAAAAAAAAAAAUAAAAACUGAGCUAUACCCCCAGCCCUUUUAAUUUCUUGAGACAGUCUCAUUAAGUUGAUGAGGCUGGCCUCAAACUUAAAAUCCUCCUGCCUCAGCUUCCCAAGUCCCUGAGAAUAUAGGCACAUGCCACUGUGCCCAGCAAGGACUUAUUGCUUUAAAAGCCAUAAAAUGAAGAGUGGUGAUACUACCAAAUAAUUGCUUAAAACUGAAAGCUAAGUUAGGAAUAGUGUACAUAACAGAUAUGUUUUCAGGGGAGAUGUGAAUUGUGUAACCAACCCAAGGUAGAAAGAGUUAUAGUUUUCUUCCCAGUAAAUACAAAAAGAAACUGUAGCUUGUUACUACAUUUCCAAAAUACCCUGGAGCCUGGCAUAUAAUACAAUGUACUAUAACUUGGAAUUUGCUCCAUGAUAAUACUAUCUUAAAUUCCCAUCCAAGAAAUUGUAGUCACCAGAAGGACCAAAGUAGCUUAUAAAAUCUGUGUGGUAUAAAUUCUGAAGAUCACAUCUUGCUAGUACAUUUAUAGAGUAUUCAUUUAGGAAUGACCAGUGCUAAAACUUGAAUCACAAGUAAUAGCUAAUAAUUUUUCAGUCCUCAAGUGAUUAGGAUAGUUAUGUGUAAAAUGGAAAAUAAAAAGUUAUUACCUACUUUGCAUAAAUGGUUCAAACUUUUCUAUACCAGAAUUAAUAAGGAGUAUCUAAGGAUAUCUUAUAUUCAGUAAUAUAAGAUCUAAGACUCAUUUUAUUUUGUCUCUUUCUAUAAAAUUUUCUUUCCACCCAGUAUCUUCAAUCUUUGGGGAUGUAAGCAUCUGAUAUAUUUAUUGUAUAUUGGCUAACAAUUCAUCUUUCUGCCAAACAUGCAUUUUAAUAUUUAAACCAUUUGUGUCAUUUGUAUAUUCACACUCGGUAUAUACCAACUUAUGAUUCUGAACCUAUUUUUUCAUCAUUAAUUUUCAAAUGUACCAAAAUAUGCACCUGUCUUUUCCCCAUAAACUUGGUGAUGGGAUACAUCAGUUUAACUUUUUAAAUAAAGGUAACAUGAUUUUCAUUAAUAUUUUAUGGUUUUAGAGAUAUACUUAGAAAAAUGUUUUAAUUAGAUAAUUCUUUUUCUUAUGUGUCUGUUGUAGUAUACUAUAAAAGCAAACUAUAAAGCACUGUUGGCUAAAUAUUUAUAAUAAUUUUUACUUUUGCCUAUAUUAUGAUUUUAACUAAAAUAAAAUGUGAGUGUAUAUUU